UGCGCUCUUCCCGGAUUGGCUGCUCGGAGCGGCGCGGGUGUUGGCGGGAGGUUCGCGGGCUCCGCGGGCCGGUAGAGUGGCGGCGGCCGGGAUGGCCUCCGCGGGGCGGGUGCGGGCCCGGCGAGGCGCGGGUGCGAGAUAUUCCAAGAACGCUGCGGGAAGAACACGUUCCACGGGAGAUGUAAGUAAAAUUUUUCCAUUUCCGCGUGGUUUUCCUCGUGUCGGACAGUACAGAUGGCUGUGUGGUGGGAGCCUCGGCCACGGAGAGGUCCCGGGGGGAGUUCCACCAUCUGUUGUGAAAGCCGGCCCGCCCCACAAGCCCACUGAUCUGUAUGAUUUUUCUGAGAAUUCUGGAAUCUCGAGCAUGGGCAGGAUGAGCGACAAUGAGAAAGAUGAAGAACCUUAUGAAUCCUUUGAGCCGCCUCUGCACAGCACUGCGAUCUACACCGAGGACGCCCAGCUCUCCGAGCACUCCGGCUCCUUCAUCCCUCCAGCCCCCCGAGGAGGAGCAGCAGAAGGAAGUUCGAACACUUCUGAAAUUGAAGAAAGCGAAAACGAGUCUAUAAAAAUUAGUGCAAAAAAGCGAGGAAGAAAACUCAAGCCCAUCAGUGAGUCGGAAAGCUGCAGUGAAAGGGAAAAACCAGCAGAGAAAGCAGGUAGCCAACAACCUGAAGCUGCGUCGUCUUCAGAACUUUCAGAGGAACCAGCCGAACUUGGCACUUCUAAAAAGAAAACUCAGAAAAAGAAGGCAUUUCAUGGCAAAAGAAAGAAAUCAAGAAGUGAAGCCCUGGACUCAGGCAUGGCUGACUGUGCACAUGUUUGGUGUCUAAAAGGAAAGAAAAGCAGUGACAUCAUGGACUUAGAUGUUGUUUUGUCAGCAUUUGAGAAAAUCCUCCCCGAGUAUAAACAAAAAAUAGAAUCUAAAAUUUGCAAGGAAGCAGUCGGCAAAUUUCAUUCUAGUAUGAAAGAAGAACUCAUCAAAAUGCUUGCGGAAGUCCAGAUGUUGAAAACUCUGAGGAGGAAGAAUGCUAAGACGAUUUCAGACAUUGAGAAGAAAAGGCAGCGUUUGGUUGAAGUCCAGGAUGAACUGCUUUGUUUAGAACCACAGCUGAAACAACUGCAAACAAAAUAUGAUGAACUUAAGGAGAGAAAGUCUUCUCUGAAGAAUUCAGCAUGUUUCUUAUCUAAUUUAAAGCAGCUUCAUCAAGAUUAUUCCAACAUUCAGGAGAGACAACCAAAUGUAAAGGAAACGUAUGACUCAUCCAGCCUUCCAGCGCUGUUAUUCAAAGAAAGAACUGUUUUAGGAGCUGAGAGCCACCUGCAAAAUAUUAACCAUCAAUUGGAGAAACUCCUUGACCAGAAAUGAGACCUGUCUGCUAACACGUGCCUGCCUGGCUAAAGAUGAGUCCCACACCCCUGCUGCCUUCCAAAGCUCCUCCUUGUUGCAGCCACACUCGGGACACAUGUCAGAAAGUGAAUGUGUCUAGUUGUUCAGGCUGGUGUGUGGCCGUGUCACCAGUCUGACUGGACAGUAGUUGAGAGGACAUAAUUCACUUGCCAGGUUAGUGUCCUGAGUGAUAAGUUAAAAUGUUGACGUUGACACUGAAUCCCAGUAGCCAUAGACUUUUAACCUAUACAUACACAAACUUAAGCAGAUGUGCAUACAAAUUAAUUCUGGUUAAUCAGUAAGAGAUUUCUACUGAAUUUAAGUACACUGAAUCUAAUUUUCAAUAAAAAAUCAAGAAUUGGAAUGCAAAGUGAUAAAACUUAGUUGAUGUAAACAGAUUUAACGAGUUACUGUAAUUUAAUGUCUUGAGUCAAAUUACAACCUGGUUAUAAGUGUCCGUAGCUAAUUUAGCUAUUCUGUAAUACUUCCACAAUUACUUCGUCAGGAAUUUCAUCCACUCCACCAUUAUAACUGGGAAGACUGUUCUCUGCAGCUUCUGCUAACUCAGCAUCUUCAGUCGCUUCCA